AGCUUGACUGAGAAUCAUUUAACAAAUAUUUAGUACAUGUAUCUCAUAUAAUUAUGUUGCAGAAUUCUUAGGCUUGAUGGCACAAGAUGUCUCCGUGUUGGAACUGCUGGAUUCUACGAGACAGGUUCAGGAGGAGGAUGUUACUAUUCUAAUAGAGGAUUUAAAGCAUAGAAAGGAUUUACUUUUUGAUAAGAAAGUUCAAGCUGGUGCUAAGAAGUACUUUACAAAAGAUGCCUGGAUUACUGCCUUGGAUACUCUAAAAAUGCUUGAUGUUACGCAGAUGCAAAAGAAGCCUUUCAAAGCUGGCAGUUCAUCAGGCCUUGUGAAAGGAACAAAAAGAAAACUUGUAGAAGUAGUUGAUUCAACAUCAGAGCUGCCUGGACCCAGUAGUAUGAAAAUUUCCAGAAGGCUAAAAGGUAAAACUAAUAAAGACACAGAUCCUGAGCAUUCAUCAAAUUCAAGUGAGGAUGACAGUUCAGUUGGAUCAGAAGAUGAUGGAAGUGAAAUUGAAUCUUUAAAAUCUGCAUCAAGGAAAGUCAAGAGACACAGCUGGCUACCGGAGGAGGAUAAAGCCAUACAAUCAUAUUUCAAGGAAGAUAUCAAUGAUUUCGAAAACGAAGGGAAUGCAGGACCAUUACAUGUGGCAAAGAAAAUUAAAAAAUUCCUCAUCAAGAAUCCAAACAUUCUAAGGGAUUAUCCUAUUGGGGAGAAAACCAAGAAGAUCAGGAUAAAAGUGUUUAAUCUGAGGAGACAGAGGAGACUAAAAUACAAGAAGGGAGUACAAAAACUUUCUGUCUGAUUUUUUUUCUGCCAAGGAAGUUUUAAAAAUAGACCGUGUCACAAAAGAAAUGCAACAAGCAUUAAAUACAUCUGAACUUUAAGUUCGUUUGGUCAGAAACAAGAAGAGCUUAAGCGAUAGUAAGAUGUCUGUCAUCCGUCUAUUUGCAUAGCUGUCUGUCUGUCUAGCCCUCUCUGAUUUUUUUUAUUUGAUGUUUUCUGGAGAGGGCUACAAUUCCACAGCAUCUCUUUAAUGGUGCAAAGAUAUUUUUUUAAAUACAUGCGACUGCAGGCAGUACAAAAUGUUUUUACAUUCAGCUUAUUUCUAAUAAGAUGGUAUUUUAUUCACUGUUGACAACAUAUUAGCCCGUUAAACGUGAAAACCAUGAAAAAUACACCUGUUUGCCUUUUCCAGCAGCCAUUAUAGUUCAAGCAUGACGUACUGACUUGGGCUUGAAAUUUAGAAUUACUUAAUAUAGCAAUUGUCAAUGAAUAAAUAAUUAUGAUGAAUAGUAACACUAAACAUCGAUAAAUAAAAUCAUUCCAUGUGUCAUUUUUUCGUAAACAGCAUUAUUUAAGCUUAAAAUAUUUCAGAUAUCAGCUCCCUAUAGGAUCUUUAUCAAAUUAGCUGUCCCAAAAUAAAUCUAUCAAGGUCAUCAAACAUGGAGGAUAAAUUUUAAGUUAUGAUGUUGACAUACAAGAAAAAUACGGAUAUAUGGAUUUUUCUGUAUAUUUUUGGAUCAAUUUAUGUCUGGGCCCAGGUAAGACAUAUAAAUAAAAUACCCAUUACAGUGUAAUUGACAAUUUUGGCUGAAAUCCGUACGGGAAUGAAUCGCUCCAGCUGUGCACCAUUACAAAGAUCCUUAGGAGUUGUAGCCCUCUCCCAAAAAAAAAAAAAAAACGGAGAGGGCUACAUUAUUGCAGCUUAUUAAAAAUGACUUAAUCAAGAAUCAUUAUUCUAGAUGUUACUGUUUUAAAGUUUCAAGUUACUCUCCCUUUGUUAUAAGUACAAACCAGUAGAGCUUCACACUUGACAGAGACUUCUGGUUUAUCGAAAUGUCAGAUUGCUUUAAACCUUACAAAGUAAUAUGUUCCUCUUCUAAAAUCCCCUCUGCUGAUCAUCCAUUUACAUCAUACAAGUUAGCUGCAGAUCUGUAGCUCUCUGCUUGAAAAAAAUUCGGACAGAUAAAGCAGAGAGCUACAGAUCCAAGCGUUGUAAAAACCUUCGAUUUACGCUGACGAUUUUUCGU